AUGUUUAACUGGCAGAGCAGCUUGCCGACUGAUUGCACACUAAGUUAUCCGCAGUCAACUGAUUUUCACUUUCCUCUGUUACUUGAUCAAGUAUCUUGGUCAUGGCCGCCAUACUGGCUGAGGACAAUGGAGGUUAGGAGUUUCACGAAGAGACCGCGUUGUGAGUGUCCAGGUGAACAAAACGACAGUCUUUUGCAUUUGAAUUCUUCAGGUGUAGGUAUACUUUUCAGGCGGGGAAGGCAUCGUGCCCAGCUAUCGUUACUGGACAACGGUCGUGGUAGUAAGCGCAGUUGUAGCCAUUUGUUGUACAGCCAUAUUAUUUGUAGGUUCUUGUGGGUUGUGUCCCGUCCCGGGCAAAACGGUUGCUCGGUCCAAUCCCAGAUCCCAAGAAGUUCCGGACCCCAGGGAAAAUGUAAGGUAAGAGACAAUCAAGGCCGCAAA